AUGUCUCUACCAGCCCCCCCAUACCCUACACAAUCUUCCUUUUACUCAACACCUCCAAUCAUGAACCCUUCCAUCAAUCCCGACACGCCUCCUCCUCCACCUCCAAAGCCCAGCAGCAAUGAAGCCAGCCGACGAGGCACCCCUCAGAACAUGACCUCCACGCCAGCGCCGCAGCAACCACAGCCAGGCUACCGACCCGAUCCCCAUUCAACAAUGGGCCAGCAUGCACAAUACCAAGCCAAUGCUCCACUACAAUCUCUCCCAGCACCUCCGUCAGUCGAAGAAGGCUGGCUCCCAGAUAUCGUAAAGGACAAAUCAACAAGCGACCUUCAAUCGAUCCUCCAAAACCCAGCUCUCCUCUCCGCCCUAUCAGCCCAACACCCUUCCCACACGGCCCGCCAGCAAAACCUCGAAUCCCUCCUCCAAGCAAACAGAGAGCUAUCAACGCACCUCCUCGAGCUACAAACGCACCUCUCCGACCUACGCAGCCAAACGGAAACUAUGCUUCUCACACAUCAAUCGCUCGAAGUCUCCUGGCGCAAGAAGCAGACGGAGAUGGACGCAGCCCUGGCGCCGUGGUCGCCCAAGGCGUUGUAUCAACGGCUGAGCGCGGCGAUUGCGGAGCAGGAGGCGGUUUGUCGGGCCGUGGAGGAAAGUUUCCUGGAUGAGGAUCAUCAUGGGCGGGCGACGGAGAAGGAGAUUGCCGAUUGGGUGAGAAGAGUUAGGGGGGAGGCGUCCAAGUUGGCGGCGAGGAAGGAGGCUAAGGCACGUUGGGAUGAGGGGAGGGUUGGUGGUUGGCGGUGA